AUGAGCUUUGGGGAGGACCUGCGUUGCCCCCAGGCGCACGCAGCCGUCAUCAGAUUGCUGGACUCGGAGCUUCACCUGAUGGAGGUCAUGAGAAAGUGGAUGGGUCAUCGAGCGAAGAGCGAACGUGAGUUUUCAACGCAGCUGCAGCACAUGUCCGCUAUGGCGGAGAAGCUGGAGCGGCCUGCGCCUGCUGCGGGGCAGGAGUACAUCAGCCAGCUCAACAAGUCAUGGGGAGUCCUGGUCUCUCAGACGGACCUCCUCAGUCAGGCGAUGAAGAAGCGCUCCGAGGACUUGCUGGACGGUCCCAUCAGCAAGCUGACGCUGCUCAUCAGAGACAAACGGCAGCUCCGCAAAACCUACGCAGAGCAGUGGAACCUGCUGAGGCAGGAGCUGAGCAAGGUGACCCAGACAGAGCUGGAGAGGCUGAAGAGCAACUACAAACAGGCAGUGAGAGAUUCCGCUCAGACUAAGAGGAAGUACCACGAGGCCGCUAAAGAUAAAGACCGAGACAAGGCUAAGGAGCGUUAUGUAAAGGCUUCAAUGAAACUCCACCAGUUACAUAACGAAUAUGUGCUGUCUGUGCGAGCUGCUCAAGUUUACCAUCAGCAACACUACACUCAGAUCCAGCCCGCCAUGCUCAGUGCGCUGCAGACUCUGCAGGAGGAGAUGGUGCUCAUACUAAAGGAGAUCCUGGAGGAGUAUUUUGAUAUCUACUCCUCCCUUCACCAUGAAGUGGUGCAGCUCCACAGGGAGAUAUCUUCUGCUCUAACAGCCAUCGAUCCUCAAAGAGAAUAUAAAAGCUUCAUCCAACAGAACCGGUCCAUAGGAGAGAAUCCUGCUUGUGUAGAGUUUGAUUGCAGUCUGCUGGAGGACACUGAGCAGCUCCGACCCAGAGAGAUUGAACUGAACAACCUCACGCUUGAGAUGGUCCGGCACAAACUGACCGCGGUGGAGGAGGAGCUGCUGGCUUUGGCUCGGACUCUGUGCUCCCAGCAGACCGCGGUUGAACAGCUGGAGCUGGAGCUGUACAGAGAGUGUGAGGGAAUCACAAAGGGCCAGAGGGUCUACCAUUUCAGCAAGAGACAUGCAAUGGAGGACUGCCGGCAGCAGGUUGCGCUGUCCCAGGGACUGAGAGCCAAGCUGGAGGUUCAGAGGCUUCUUCUCAAGGAUAAACUGGACCAGCUGGGCUCCGAUGAACCUCCGCCUGCACUGAGGCUGAGCUCAGACUCCGUCUCACUUUCAUCCAACUCAAGCAAUCACAGCCCCAACCCAACUCCCUCCAAAGUCUUCAUGACCGGGGUCAUUAACAAUCUGAGUGGCAUGUUUAAACCCAAAUAUGAGGUGCCGCCGGCCCUCAACAUGGUGCAGGAGGUGGAUCGUCCUCUUGGGCAGCAGGACUGGUACCACGGAGCCAUUCCCAGACUGGAGGUCCAACAGCUGCUGACGAAUGACGGGGACUUCUUAGUGAGGAAGAGUCAAGAGAAACAGGGUUAUGUGCUCUCUGUGCAGUGGGACGGCUCCUGCAAGCAUUUUCUCAUUCAGGACACGGAUAAUCGGUAUCGUUUAGAUGGAGAAAGCUUCCGCAGUAUCCCGCUGCUGAUCAGUCAUCUGCUGUCCUCACAACAACACAUCACCAAGAAGUCUGACAUUGUGCUGAAGAGACUCGUUCUGAAGGACAAGUGGGUCUUGGAGCAUGAUGAAAUUAUCUUGGGACCGCUAAUUGGACGAGGUAACUUUGGAGAAGUGUACAGUGGUCGCUUAUGCUCUGAUAACACUCCUAUAGCCGUAAAAUCCUGUAAAGAGAACUUGGCCCCGGAUCAAAAGAGUAAGUUCCUGAUGGAAGCCAGGAUCCUGAAGCAGUAUGACCACCCAAACAUUGUGAAGCUGAUAGGAGUGUGCACUCAGAAACAGCCCAUCUUCAUCGUCAUGGAGCUCGUUCAAGGUGGAGAUUUUCUCUCUUUUUUACGGCAUAAAGGAAACAGUCUGAAGCCUAAAAUAUUGGUCAGAAUGACAGAAAAUGUAGCAUCCGGCAUGGAGUUCCUGGAGAGCAAGAAGUGCAUCCACAGGGACCUGGCGGCAAGGAACUGUCUGGUCGCAGAGCACAACGUGCUGAAGAUCAGCGACUUUGGGAUGUCCCGUCAGCAGGACGAUGGCGUCUACUCUACAGAGGGCGGCCUCAGGCAGAUUCCUGUCAAAUGGACGGCUCCUGAGGCCCUGAACUACGGCCGCUUCACUACAGAGAGCGACGUGUGGAGCUUCGGAGUCUUACUGUGGGAGACCUUCUCCAUGGGAAUGACGCCCUACAUGAGCAUGACCAACCAACAGACACGAGACAACGUGGAGAGAGGAUACCGGAUGCCCGCUCCGCACAGCUGCCCCGUGGAAAUCUCCAGGAUUAUGAACAGCUGCUGGCAAUACGACCCCAAAAAUAGACCUUCUUUCAAGAAGCUUAGGGCUGAGCUCACUGCCAUAUAUAACAAAAUAACAUGAGACGAGCCUGCUGGUUGGACAUGUGAUGCAGACUAAGUUAACUUUCUUCUGUUAGUUUCAUUUGUUUUGUAAUAAUGAAUGUCCAUUUUCUCUUUAUAAAAUAUGUUAGUCCACUCGGAACCAAAAGAAACACAGCCCCUUUUUGUGUGCCAUUAAACUUUUCAAAUGUAUAUUCAAGGACAGAUUUAAAAAAUCAGUAAACCAGUUGAUGUCAGCAACCUCGUUUCUUCCCUUAUUGCGAUGUGUCUCUUUUCUCUCUUCUUAAAACAGAAACUUGUCGAACCCCAAA